GAUAUGGUUUGUUAACAGUAGCAGCAAUGGCAGCAAUUUAUUGCCAAAAAUUUCUAGGAAUGCCAAGAAUUUCAUUGAGAAAUGAGAUUCUCCCGGAGCCUAAUCCCAGAUUUUUUAGGAAGCCAUUCUACUUUUUAUGUUCAUCAAUUAAAUUCGGUUCCAUGCCCUUGCCAUUUCUAAAGAAGAAAGAAAUCCAUGUCAUCUCUCCUCAUAUAGCUUCUCCAGGGUUCACUGUGGAAUUGCUCAAUGCACGGGAUGAUGAAUACAAUGGGGUCAUCAUUGAUCCAGAGGGCCUGCCUUCGAGUGCGAAUGCCUUUGCUUCUGCCCUUUGUGCCUCCCUGUCCAACUGGAAGAUGAAGGGGAAGAAGGGGAUUUGGUUGGAGAUACCAGCAGAACAAGCAGAUCUUGUUCCAAUUGCAAUUCAGGAGGGUUUUAAGUACCACCACGCCGAACCAAAAUAUGUCAUGCUGACCUAUUGGAUUCCCAGUGAACCUUGCCUGCUUCCUGCUAGUCCUUCUCAUCAAAUUGGUGUAGCAGCAUUUGUCAUCAAUGACAAGAGAGAGGUCCUUGUGGUAAAAGAAAAAUGCCCUUGCAGUUGCUCUGACAUGUGGAAAUUGCCUACCGGCUAUAUCGACAAGUCUGAAGACAUUUUUUCUGGAGCUGUAAGAGAGGUUAAAGAAGAAACUGGUAUUGAUACAAUUUUCUUGGAAAUGGUGGCUUUCAGGCAUGCCCACCUGGUCUCUUUUGAGAAGUCAGAUUUGCUCUUUGUGUGCUUGCUGAAGCCACUGUCUUCUGAAAUCGCCAUCGAUGACAAAGAAAUUCAGGCUGCUCAGUGGAUGCGUCUUGAUGAAUUCAUGGGCGAAGCAUAUUUCCGAGAAGAUCAUAUGUGGAGAAAAAUUACAGAAGUUUGCACGGCAGCGUUUGAAGAUCGAUACCAUGGAUUUACUGCUCAACAGUUGAACUCAAAACUGGAAGGAAGACUUUCUUACAUUUACUACAAAGGUUCAGACAUAGUUCUCUGUUAAUGUUAACUAAGCCGAUUAAAAGGGAGUAGAGAUCAGUGUCUUCUAUAAUGUCUUUGUAAUAAAAAUACUAAUAAGCUUGAUUGUCUUGA